CUUUUUAUUGGCGGGAUAUCUUGGGAAACCAAUGAAGAUAAGCUUAAGGAUUACUUUCAGAGAUAUGGUCAGGUGGUUCAGGUUGUGGUUAUGAGAGACAAGGUUUCUGGGAAGCCUAGAGGUUUUGGAUUUGUUGAUUUCGCAGAUCCCAAUGUUCUUGACACAGUCCUUCAGGAUAAGCAUACUAUCGAUGGCCGUACUGUAGAGGCAAAAAGGGCCUUGCCAAGAGAGGAGCAACAUAUGUCAAAACCCGGAAAUGCCAACAACAAUGGCGGUGGUUAUGGAGGAGGUGGAAAUAACCGGAC